UAACUGUUGGAAAAUCAUUAAGAAGAAAUGCAAUAUUUCUUGACCAUUGUCGACAUGAAAAUGCAUUCGUUUCAUCAUUUGAAUUAAAACAUGAUUAUCCUUAUACAGAAAAAGACUUAAAUAAUCUGGUAAAAUUAUCUGCUAUUUUUUUACUUGAUUUUUUUAAUAAUUUGUGGAAAAAUCCUAAUAAAACUGAAAUAAAAAAAGAAGGAAUAAAAACUAAAAAAGAUUUUUGUUAUUUUCCGGGAUCUUAUUGUCUUUAUUGUUUUGAAUUUCUUAAUAAUUCAAUUGAGGAGUUGUCACGUUUAUACAAUGAAAGAUUACGAAUGAAUGAGGAUAUUGAUACUUGGGUAGGUUCAGAAACUCAACCUGAGUCUGAUGCAUCAGAGGAUGUUGAACCCGUAAAAGAAUGUGUUGAGAUUGAUGAAAG